GAUACGGCUCCAGUACCUGCUCUGCUUUCUGCAUCCUCUACAAGUCGAACUUCUACUGUGGAGGGUACUCAGAUACAAAGCUCGGCAUUAGAAGAUGAGUGCCGCGGUGAUGAUGGGGGUUAGCUCGUCUUCGAGCUCGUCUGGUUUUUUCAGAAGGACACUUUCCGCAUCCAGCACCGGCACCACUAGAGCUUUGUCGCUGACAAGGAUACCAGGACCGCGCAGCUAUCACACGCGAACGCUUGUUUCGCUUUCAUCAUCCUUUAAUCGCGAUGAAAGAGCAGGUGAAUACGCAAGAACAGCAUCGAAGACGUCAACGACAGUACUUGGAAUACCAGCAUGCGUUAGUAGGGGAUCUCUUCUUGUCGCACUCGCACGACAACAUUGUAAGUUUCUAAUGUUCUCAGGAGUUCCAAGCCCGAGCUCAAAAACACGAAUGAUAUCGCGAUUGUUUUCCUCGUCCACAACUCCAUCCCUGGACGAAGCGCAACAAAACUUCCUAGUGGGGAGUUUAUCCGAGGUUUUCCACCGAAAGAAGACCCUCGAGUCCUGCGACACGAAAAGGUUGCGCUUUUUCUGUCCCAAGCUGGAAUCCACGACACAUUCUCAGAAAAGGAUUAUGAUUGGUUUGAUCUUGGGCAACAAUUUGUAUUUGAUUUUCCAUCUUGAUGUCCUUGCAGUAGGUCAAUAAGGCUCAUAAAUCAUACAUAGAUAUGCUCGUAGUUUGACUAUUCCUGAACCCCGUAAGCGAAAGCAGAAGAAGCCCUCCUGAUUUUGUUAAUAGGCUUUCCUUAUAGCCACGGCCACCACUUAAUCUUCUAUCUAACGAAUCCUGGAAAACAUCAAGAAAGCGUGGUGCAAAGAUUUUGAUGAGCGCAUGCUUGUAAAGGUGGAGGACCUAAUGGCAAAUCCCGGAGAGCAAAGCGAUGGCGAACUGCCCAGUCGAACAACGCAGAAUUUGAAAGAAUCUGGCUUCGCGCAAAACACAGACGCAUAUGAAGUUGAAGAGAAUGAACCUGGUGACACUGGCUGGGAAAAAGAAGUGAACUUUAUGAUGUCUUCAACGUCUUACUAUUAAGUUGUCGAGGUUGUUUACGGCAGCAGGAACAAUGCCGGAACAAAUGAUAUUCCUUUUCGCGCAUGCACCUAUAACUUUUAUACUCGAUCUGUGUGCGUGCCCUCUCGCUUUCGUCGUGCG